GUUAUUCCACAGAACUCAAUUAUUCCAGCCAAGUUUUGCCGUUAAAACAAAAUAAAGAAAAGGCAGUCGGUUGCAAAAAUAAGAAGCAAGAGGGACGAUCCCUGGACCAACCCUUGCACGAACACAACCCCCCAAACUGACAAGCCUGCUUGCUACAAUUACAGACAGAUUGGGACAGCUGCUCCUGGGACCUGCACCCACCCCAAUCCCUUCUCUGGUCAUAGUCCUGAGCUUCAUACAUGCAGAGAGAAGAGAAGGGAAGCUAGCUGGCAACUACUCCUGAAGAGUGCACGGUGCCAUCACCCACUAGCCACAACCAUGAUGGAACUCAAAGCCAUAAAGAUUAGGGUCACCUUCUGUAUCAUUCUGGUAGGGGUAUCGUUGAUGUUGGCCGCUGUAAUGAGUGAUUACUGGGCAGUUCUGAACCCCAGAGUGGACGAUUUAAGCGAACCAUGUGAGGUGGCACAUUUUGGAUUGUGGAGACUUUGUAAAAAGAAGAUCUUAAUGGAAGCAACAGAUUCCAAACCCAAAGGCUGCGGACCAUUAAGCCUUCCAGGAGGUAGGUUCUCUGCCGCUGAGUGUUUGGUGCAAUAUGAGCAGUUUUUUUGUUGUGGUUUUUGUUUUUAGAAGUGAAACGUAGGCCUAAAUCUCAGAAAGGAGACAUUCAGGGAAAGCAAAAUGUACCACGUCUUGUAAUCCUAAUAUGACUCGAGUGCUCGGACGUAGAUUUUAUAGUAGUAACGAGUAAACAGACUUGCAAAAUGUUUGGACAUAACAGAGUUCGGAGGGACAGAACCUCAAUAUUGUAGGAUAGACAAAAAUAGUCAUGCCAUACAUUGUGAUAAAAGAAGGCGUGUGUUUAAUCAAUUCUCACGCACAGUAUCUAUUCCCAUUUCUAGGUAUUAACACAUAUAGCUCAAUUUAACAAGCAGGACUUGACUUCUGUCCAAAAACCACUCAUCUCGCUAAACUCUUCUAAUUGCUGAUAUGACGCAGUCAUAGGAGUAUAAAUGUGUUUUCUUAAUGCUAUAGUGCCCCAGUCACGUUAAGAUGACCGGGCCCCCGUUGCAAGGGUUAAAAAGGACGUUUUACUUACCUUUUCUCUCUCACAGCAUUGGUCGCAGGCAUGCAACUCCGCCUCUUUGGCUGAGAUUAUGAAAAUCGAUGAUCCCAGCCAAUCCAGCUCUUUCCCAUAAGGAAGCAUUUGCAGGCUAGUGUGCAAAGCACCAUAUUUCUAUUUCGGAGGUAGUGCCUCCAUUAUGACAGUAGCUAGAGGCAGACUAACCCUGCAGUGCAGACAUGGGGGGUGGAGACAUGGCAUUCAGACCACUUCAACUAGAUGAAAUGGUCUGGGUGCUUAUUAGCAGGGCUUGAAAAAUUUGCUUGGAAUCUCGGAGCAAGCUAAAAAAAAAAUAAAAAAAAAUUAGAAGCCAGGUUUUAUUUUUUUCUUUUAAACUAACAAAGCAUUAUUUUCAAGAACUAAAAAUACAAUUCUCAAAGAUACACUAUAGUCACCAGAACCACUACAGCCCAAUAUAGUGGUUCUGGUGUCUAUAGCCUGUCCCUGCAGGGUUUUCAAUGUAAAUACUGCCUUUUCAUAUUAAAGGUAGUGUUUACAUUGCUGGCUAGUAACAUAGCUAGUGGAAGUCACUCAGAUGGCCACUAGAGGUGCUUCAUAGGUGAGUGCUGCUGCUGCUCUCCUCUGGUAAAGUAUCACCUUGGCUGAGAUCAUCAGGACUGACCAACCACUACAAGACCGGCAUGGGAGAAUAGGUGAGUAAAAACACCUUUCCCAUGGGAUCGGAGGGGGACCAGUCACCUAAAAAGACACACACACACACACACUGAUACUAACACUCACAAAUGAUUUAGUUUUAUUUUAUUAUAAUUUAAGGCCACCAAGCCUCCCUACCUUUGAGAUCUUUGUCCCUAAGGUCCAGUGUGUGGGACGUGCGUGAUCUUCAAGCUCUUCCAGCACUGUUCCCUCACGCACGGUUUAUUGAUGACAUCAUAUUCCAGUUUCUGGCUGCCUCGGAAGGAACGGGCUGACAAAUACCCAGGCGCCAGGACAGAAUUCCUGGUCGCCAUGGCGACCUGGUACCUAGGAUUUGUCGAGCCCUGGCUUAUAGUGGUCCUUUAAAUCUUAACUUUAAAUAGAAAAUAGAUUUAAAACAUGUCUUAUUUGAAGUGUUGUGUCUGGUCAGUGCCUUACUGUGCUGGUAAAAGCAACAGGCUGCGCUAGAUAGAAAUGAAAGCUUAUAUAGGAAAUGGGCAUUAGCUGGAGCAGAGAGACUAUAUUCACAAAGGUCUCAAUAAAUUCUCCAUUCCUGGUAAACAUGGGGUAACUGAUGAUCUGGCUAUUGCUUUAACAAUUUUGUCGGAGUAAUACAAACAUUAAAACCGUAUAGAGCAGAUCUCAGGUGAUGUAUCAUAUUUCCUGAGAAUUUACUCAACAUGUACCAAAAAUCCAGGGAAAUCGCAAUGUACGCAGGUUCGACAAGGAGUAUUUAUUUCCCAGUGUAGGAAAGAAAGCUUGACGAGUCCAGCAGAUAUUAUAGCUUGAAGCACAGAGGGACAGACAGGUGUUAAUCCGUUGUGGAAUACUUGGUAAGAGAAUAGAAUAUCUGACUUAUUGGGACACUGGAGGAUACAGUUACUCCUCCAUGUUUUCUGGUAAAGAAUCAGCCCAUGUCUGUCGGUGGAGGGGACUGGAAUAUGGAGAUUAAUAUGGGGCUGAAUGGGGUUUAUCUAUCCCUUUCAUCAUAUCAUCGGGACGGCCAGCAGCACAAAGCUCCGAUGACACAAUCAUUGCUUGCUAAACACAUUAACCAGAUGACAGACAGUAUGGAGAGAUUAUCCUGGCACAAAAUGGCCAGCAAUGGUAUUAAUACAGGUUAGGAAUUAAAGUCACAGCACAGCUACAGAUUUAUAUUAUAUUAUUAUUAUAGUGUGUAACCAUAUAAAUAUUUAUACACACACACACACACAGCGUACAGCUACAAGUUUAUAUUAUACAUACAAAGAACAUCCAUUUCUCAAGUCUAAAGCAUUUCUGAGCAAAGACGACACAUAGAAUUCAAAGUUGAGUUGUGAUACCGGGGGUUUAAGCGACAGGAGUGCAGAUAAGACACAGGUUUCAUAGAGUAUAGACACCAUUCUCACAGAGGGUCGUAAAUAUCUUCUGUAAGGGUCGCAGAGAGAGGGGGGAGAGAGACAAACACAGAAAUAAAAAAAAACAACCGUACAGGAGAUUGUGCUAGAAGGGGGAGAGUUAAAAAAAACAACAUAAAAAACAUUGCACAGAUUAAGAAUGCAUGAAUUCACAUCCAUGAAUCCAGAAUAUUCAUGAAGGCCUAUAUACAAACUAUGCAUAUAUAUAAACAAAUACACACACACUCAAAUGCACAAAUAUAUAUGCCUGCACACGUAUACAUAUAUCCAAACACAAGCAUCAAUACAUAUACCUACAUAUGUACAAACGUGCGCACACAUACAUAUACACACACACACAUUCACAUAUACAUAUAUAUACAUACAUACAUACAUAUACACAUACAUAUAUAUAUAUAUAUACAUACAUAUACAUACAUACAUACAUAUACACAUAUACAUAUACAUACACACAUACAUAUACAUACACACAUACAUAUACACAUAUACAUAUACAUACACACAUACAUAUACACAUAUACAUACACACAUACAUAUACACAUAUACAUACACACAUACAUAUACACAUAUACAUAUACAUACACACAUAUAUAUAUAUAUAUACACGCACAUAAACCCACACACACAUAUAGGAAUGCACACCCACAUUUAUAUAUGGAUUUGAGUAUGGGAAAGCAUAGUCUGUACAGAAUACUUUAUAUAUUGGUAUAAUAAUAAUAAUAAUAAUAAUUAUAGACAUGUCAUUAGACAUUAGAAUGCAUCUUAACACAUAGAAACAUGAGAUAGAAGAGUAAGAGAAUGAUUGGAAUUGCGAAAGGAAAUACAAAUCACCAUUUAGUCCAAUAACAAGUUAUUACAAGAUCCUAAUUUCAUCUGUUAUUUUGCAUCGGCAUCACUGGACGAAUGCGGCAACACUAAUAUACUUAAAAAAUAUUUUUUUUUAAAAGGCCUGUGAGCACCCAGUGUUCAGCACCCAGGUAAUGUAAAACUCUUGAAGUAUUGAAUUUUGCUUUAAAAGUGACUGUCUUCGUACCACGUUGGUCCUUUAUCAUUGGUGGGAGCAGCUGUCUCCAUUAAUUCCAUUCCUUUCCCGAUAGUGAAAUUUCGGCAGAGGUAAUGGAGAGAAAGAAUUGGGUUUCUGUCUCCUCGGCUUAAAAAGGAGGAAACACACUAUUAACGCACACACCUCUGUGUACAUUUAGCCCAUUGCAGCCCAGCAAAUGUCUGUUUAUAUAUCUUAUAUAUCAUGAUUAGAAUAGAAAUUGAGACGCAAACUCAUGCUGGAUUAUCAGAGAUUUCUACCACAUGAAAUUAUAAAACGAAACAUUUCCCCAAUUUACAGCUUUGGUAUACAUAGCUAAUAAGUGUCCCUGUUUAGGAGGGACAGACCCUGGUUUGGAAUCCCUCUGUCCCUCUUUGCUCUCCUAAUGUCCCUCUUUUCUAGGGACAUUAGGUCAUACGCUACUCAUUCUACCAGUCUUCCAGUUGUGUAGCUAUUUAGCCAUCUUAGGUUUUUUUUGUUUCCACAUUCAUGUUUUUCAGUUUGCCAAUUCUUACAGUUUGUUUUAAAGGUUUAGUUUUGGAUGAUGCACCGAGACACGAGCCGUUGGCAAGAGCCAAUAUUUUCCUUACAGAAAUAGUUACAUCUAUUACAUUAUCUUACCACCAGCAUAGUUGUAGGUCUUCAACAUUCAUCGCAGGGUAACAGUAUCAUCUUGCACAAUUUUACCAAUUAAAGGACCACUAUAGUGCCAGGAAAACAAACUCAUUUUCCUGGCAUUAUAGUGCCCUGAGGGUGCCCCCACACUCAGGGUCCCACUCCCGCCGGGCUGAAGGGGGAGGAAGGGGGUUAAAUUCUUACCCUUCUCCAGCGCCGGACACAACGCUGAAAUCGAGGAGGCAGAGAAAGAAGCAGAGAGGGCCUUGACUAAGGAGGCGCAGCUCAGCAACGAGCCAACACUAACCUGGGCCUCAGUCCAUCAGGGGAUGAAUCUCUAGGCACGGCUCAAACACUCGGGAUGAAACUGCUAUGGGAAGACAGCAAUCAGAUCCUGAGACUUAAUUCGUGUCACAGAGUGUUACCUAUUCUGUGAGAAACAUGUACUGGACUGGGUCAGAGCCUGGGGCCAGUGAGGGCGACACUCUAGGGGACUGGCACACCACAAAUAUUCUGGAUAGGCAGCGCUGCGCACUUUUUUAGCAUCAGGGACUGGGCACCAUACUUCUAUUGGCCUCCAGACUCUCAUGAAGCAAAUGUUUUAUGUUCAUUUUUCAUGUGUUAUAUGCACUCAUUAUCGGUGGGCAUCAAAGGUAUUAUUCCCCUGUUACACUAUUUUUAGGUACAAUAGCGUGUUUCCUAGUUUACAUUCUCACUAGCUACCCUAACACAUUCCUAUUCUGUCAUGCUUAGAAUGGAUGGAAAGUACUUUUGAUCACUAGCUAGACAUGCUUUGAUUUGGAUCGUCCACUUUCUUUUACUUUCAAAAUUGUGCAAAUUUUAUAGUGUGCCAUACCAAAAUUGUGCAAAAUUGUGCACAGUGUGCAAUACCAAUGUUAGAAUAUGUCAAUAGUUGAUCUGAAUGCAGCUGUUGUCGUGGUCCUGCAUGCUUCUAUGUACUCACUUGCACUUCCAAAAUAAAGACUGACAAAAAAAAAAAAAAAAAAGAACUAAACCGGUUAACAUUACAAUCACAUCUUUCCAGGGUCAAAAUAGAGGAAGAACAUUUUGCAGAGAGUUAUUUCGACCCUGGAAAAACCUGGGGCGGGUUAAAAUUGCAGAGUUGUUUUCCUGACAGCCACAAAGGCGCUUCCUCUGAAACAACAGAGUGAAACUCCGUCAUGUGAGCAAAUGCAGCUCGCGCGCAUGCGCACCUGGCCCCAAAUGCUUCUCUAUGGAUUGGUCAUUUAUUGUGGACCCGAUGCAUCCACAAUGACGUCGAGGAAGGUGGAGCGGGCAGCAACACUGAGGGAAUAUUGGGGAUGGUGGGGGAAAAGGUAAGUAAAAUUUGUUAAUUUUUACUGAACACAAGGGAACCUAAAUCUAAUUAUAUCCUAGGCCACUAUAGAGUUAUUUUAUAUAUAAAACAUUUUUUUUAGAAUAUACACAGUUAUGUUACGAUAUAAAUGGCAUUUCUUACACCAAAAUAAUUGACUGAGAAUUCUUUAACUCUGCUAUAGUCACUCGGCUUUUAUUGUUUGUCUCCCAAUCUCGCUAGCGUUGCUCUGAUGUCACACUCCAACUCUGUAACAUGUUCAACGAGGAGGGCGCUCACAGAACACGUACCUGUCAUAGUACACAUUACAUAUGCUCAUUGGAAAGUGCCUGCAAUUUCAUUUGACAAUGUGACAGAAACUUUGUAAUUUGGGGGUGGGAAAUAAUUUUUUUUUUUUAAAGUCUCUAACCGCUGAUAAUAAUGCCAAAGGCGUAUUGGAACCGAGUGAGGUCAGUCACAACACAGGAGGGUGGGCUGACUGGAGGUAGGGGUUACAAUAGUGUAGCACCCCUAGAGCUGAGGACAUGGUGGCAUCCUUCAGAAUAUUGUUACUAUUUCCCCACACCCCAUCUAAUUUACUAAUCCUUUAUAUCUAGGAUACAGCUCAGCUCUUUACUAACCCUGUAUACCUGGGAUACAGCUUGACGCGUUACUAACCCUGUAUAUCUGGGAUACAGCUCUUUACUAACCCUGUAUACCUGGGAUACAGCUAUUUACUAACCCUGUAUACCUGGGAUACAGCUUGACGCGUUACUAACCCUGUAUAUCUGGGAUACAGCUCUUUACUAACCCUGUAUACCUGGGAUACAGCUAUUUACUAACCCUGUAUAUCUGGGAUACAGCUCUUUACUAACCCUGUAUAUCUGGGAUACAGCUAUUUACUAACCCUGUAUAUCUGGGAUACGGCUAUUUACUAACCCUGUAUAUCUGGGAUACGGCUAUUUACUAGCCCUGUAUAUCUGGGAUACGGCUAUUUACUAGCCCUGUAUAUCUGGGAUACAGCUAUUUACUAACCCUGUAUAUCUGGGAUAAGGCUAUUUACUAACCCUGUAUAUCUGGGAUAUAGCUAUUUACUAACCCUGUAUAUCUGGGAUACGGCUAUUUACUAACCCUGUAUAUCUGGGAUACAGCUAUUUACUAACCCUGUAUAUCUGGGAUAUAGUUAUUUACUAACCCUGUAUAUCUGGGAUACAGCUAUUUACUAACCCUGUAUAUCUGGGAUACAGCUAUUUACUAACCUUGUAUAUCUGGGAUACAGCUAUUUACUAACCCUGUAUAUCUGGGAUACAGCUAUUUACUAACCCUGUAUAUCUGGGAUACAGCUAUUUACUAACCCUGUAUAUCUGGGAUACAGCUCGUUACUAACCCUGUAUAUCUGGGAUAUAGCUAUUUACUAACCCUGUAUAUCUGGGAUACAGCUAUUUACUUACCCUGUAUAUCGGGAUAUAGCUCUGUACUAACCCUGUAUAUCUGGGAUACAGCUAUUUACUGAAUUACAUGAUUACCCAGGCUGUCUGGGGAUACAGCUAUUUACUAACUCCUGUAUGUCUGGGAUACAGCUCUUGGCCAACUCCUGUAUGUCUGGGAUAUAGCUCGCUACUUUCAACCCCUGUAUAUCUGGGAUAUAGCUCACAUUAACCCUGUAUAUCUGGGAUACAGCUCUAUACUAACCCUGUAUAUCUGGGAUACAGCUCUUUACUAACCCUGUAUAUCUGGGAUACAGCUUGGCUAUUUACUAACCCUGUAUAUCUGGGAUACAGCUUGGCUAUUUACUAACCCUGUAUAUCUGGGAUACAGCUUGGCUAUUUACUAACCCUGUAUAUCUGGGAUAUAGCUCUUUACUAACCCUGUAUAUCUGGGAUACAGCUAUUUACUAACCCUGUAUAUCUGGGAUAUAGCUCUUUACUAACCCUGUAUAUCUGGGAUAUAGCUGUUUACUAACCCUGUAUAUCUGAGAUACAGCUCUUUACUGACCCUGUAUAUGUGGGAUAUAGCUAUUUACUAACCCUGUAUAUCUGGGAUAUAGCUCGCUACUAACCCUGUAUAUCUGGGAUGUUGAAGCUCUUACUAACCCUUGCAUAUUUGGGAUACAGCUCUUUACUAACCCUGUAUAUCUGGGAUACAGCUCUUUACUAACCCUGUAUAUCUGGGAUACAGCUCUUUACUAACCCUGUAUAUCUGGGAUACAGCUCGUUACUAACCCUGUAUGUCUGGGAUACAGCUCGUUAUUAACCCUGUAUAUCUGGGAUACAGCUAUUUACUAACCCUGUAUGUCUGGAAUACAGCUAUUUACUAAUCCUGUAUGUCUGGGAUACAGCUAUUUACUAACCCUGUAUGUCUGGGAUACAGCUCUUUACUAACCCUGUAUGUCUGGGAUAUAGCUCGUUACUAACCCUGUAUAUCUGGGAUAUAGCUCGUUACUAACCCUGUAUAUCUGGGAUACAGCUCUUUACUAACCCUGUAUAUCUGGGAUACAGCUCUUUACUAACCCUGUAUAUCUGGGAUACAGCUCUUUACUAACCCUGUAUAUCUGGGAUACAGCUCGUUACUAACCCUGUAUGUCUGGGAUACAGCUCGUUAUUAACCCUGUAUAUCUGGGAUACAGCUAUUUACUAACCCUGUAUGUCUGGAAUACAGCUAUUUACUAAUCCUGUAUGUCUGGGAUACAGCUAUUUACUAACCCUGUAUGUCUGGGAUACAGCUCUUUACUAACCCUGUAUAUCUGGGAUCCAGCUCUUUACUAACCCUGUAUGUCUGGGAUCCAGCUCUUUACUAACCCUGUAUAUCUGGGAUACAGCUCUUUACUAACCCUGUACAGGGCCGUCUUUAACGCGAGGCAAACGGGGCAGCUGCCCCGGGGCCAGUUACUCUUGGGGGGCCCAAGGCAGCUUCCCCGUGGGCCCCGCUGCCCUCAACAAUUGUUUCUCCCAUGGGGCCGCCGGCCCCCACAUUAAGCAGGCCACCGGGUGGGUAUUGUAAGCAGGGGCCCGGUCACACACUGUAGCACUUUAACAGCGCGACCGGGCCCUUUGCUUUUCGGCAGCGCUGGGAGGAAGUGACGGCUGCGAGUCACUUCCUCUCACUAAGGAGAGGAGAGGAGCCGCGCGGGAGACGAAGGAGGGACCCUUGCCAGGAGAGGCAGAUCCCAACAGCCUUCAGUCUGGACACCUGGGGAACCACCUUCCAAGGUAGGAAACUUGUGGGUGGGUUUAAAAGUGUAAAUUUAUGUCAGUAUGUCUGUCAGUGUAUGUGUUUGUGUCAGUAUGUCUGUCUGUGUCUGUGUUUGUGUCAGUAUGUCUGUCAGUGUAUGUUUAUGUCAGUAUGUCUGUCAGUGUAUGUUUGUCAGUAUGUCUGUCAGUGUAUGUUUAUGUCAGUAUGUCUGUCAGUGUAUGUGUUUGUGUCAGUAUGUAUGUCAGUGUAUGUUUAUGUCAGUUUGUCUGUUUGUGUUUGUGUCAGUAUGUCUUUUAGUGUAUGUUUGUCAGUAUGUCUGUCAGUGUAUGUUUAUGUCAGUAUGUCUGUCAGUGUAUGUGUUUGUGUCAGUAUGUCUGUCAGUGUAUGUUUAUGUCAGUAUGUCUGUCAGUGUAUGUGUUUGUGUCAGUAUGUAUGUCAGUGUAUGUUUAUGUCAGUAUGUCUGUCAGUGUAUGUGUUUGUGUCAGUAUGUCUGUCAGUGUAUGUUUAUGUCAGUAUGUCUGUCAGUGUAUGUGUUUGUGUCAGUAUGUAUGUCAGUAUGUCUGUCUGUGUUUGUGUCAGUAUGUCUGUCAGUGUCUGUGUCAGUAUGUCUGUCAGUGUAUGUUUAUGUCAGUAUGUCUGUCAGUGUAGGUGUCUGUGCUUGUGUCAGUGUCUGUCUGUGUAUGUCAGUAUGUCUGUUAUUGUAUGUAUGUGUCUGUAUGUGUGUCAGUAUGUCUGUCAUUGUAUGUCUUUGUGUAUGUGUGUCAGUAUAUGUGUCUGCAUAUGUCAGUAUGUCUGUAGUGUAUGUUUCUGUGUGUGUGUCAGUAUGUCUGUCAAUAUGUGUCUGUCAGUGUGUGUGUCAGUAUGUCUGUCAGUGUAUGUCUCUGUGUUUGUGUGUUAGUAUGUCUGGCAGGGGGCAGAGUCCAGGGGCCCCAAGCAAAUGAUUGCCCAGUGUCCGGUCAAUAUUAAAAGACGGCCCUGACCCUGUAUAUCUGGGAUACAGCUCUUUACUAACCCUGUAUAUCUGGGGUACAGCUCUUUACUAACCCUGUAUAUUUGGGAUACAGCACUUUACUAGCCCUGUAUAUCUGGGAUACAGUGCGGCUAUUUACUAACCCUGUAUAUCUGGGAUAUAGCGUUUUACUAACCCUGUAUAUCUGGGAUACAGCUCUUUACUACCCCUGUAUAUCAUAUCUGGGAUAGCGCUGGUCUCCCAGGUGGAAAAUCAAGGCAGCAUUGAAAUAUUUCAGGGUACCAGUGAGGUCCAGACUCCAUAGAUUUUUAUCUCAGAAUGAUUAUCUAAAAUAGUUCCAUCCAAUAGACACAGCAAGUAAGGGUUUAGCAGAAAGCUCAGCUUGCAUGUUUGAGUCCGUUAAUUUACAGCAAUGCUAUGUUCAGAAUGAUACAAGCAUUGCUUUAUACAGGCAUUAAUUGAUGCAUAAAAGGUGCAGCAAUGAAAGAUCUCUAUUCACAAAUUCUAGAUUGGGUGCUGUACAAAGUAUGUAAUAUCAGCUCCUCUCUGAGCCCUGUACCACACACUAGACUGAAUUUAAAGAAAUCCUCAAGGGACACGUUCCAAGCACCCACGCUCCCACUUUACAGGACAUGAAACUGCUUAUUUACAGGACACCUGCUGCAUCAGGGUUUCAGAUCUGUUAUUUCUCCAUCAACCGCAAUCACUCAUCUCAGACCACAUCGGUGUUACUCAAUGACCAUGUGUCUUCCACGAAUCCACCUUCUAACUGGCUCAAAACGUAACAAACUGAGUCACUGUUAAAACUGCAAUGGAUGUUUUUACAUCUAGAUUAGAGGACAACUGCCACCCAAAACUAUUGUUAACAUAAUAAUCAUUUGGUCAAGUUCUGAAAGAAAAUAGAUAGAAAAAUUUUAAUGAAGUGUGAGAAAAUAAAAUAAAAUCACCCUUACCUUUGGUAUAUGAUUGUAUCCUUCAGCCAUAAACAUGCAGAGUUAGUCUCUAAGGUUUUCCCGGCUUCACUCCCUGCAAAGAACCAGGGAAAACCAUAGAGACUAACUGUCUGUUUUCAUACACUGUCUGACCCAAGGUGUAUGUAUAUGGCUGAAGGAUCCCGUCAUAUGCUAAAGGCAGGGACGAGGUUUUUUUCUCUCUGUUAUUCCCGUACACCUCAUUUAGAAAAAAAAAAUACAUUUGCUUUCACAACUUGGCGAUAGGAUUAUUAUAUUAAAAAAGGUUUUGAGUUGACGGUUUUCUUCUAAAUAUUCUGAUAUAAUAUCCAAACACAUAUAACUGCAAUAACUAUUAUUAACUGUACAGAAGUGAAGUCAGAACUAGGCGGUUAUAACUUUAUAACGAUACAGACUGCUACAAUCUUAUCAUUGUCAAAGCUAGGUUGCCAUAACAUUAGAACUUGUAUGUACGUAGUGGGGAAUUGCAAUGCAGCAGAAUACAUAAGCCAACCCGAAGUCAUCCCCCUUCCAAAAUAAAGACAGACAACGUAGUAUGGAUGAAACAGGCCACAGCAUUUAUUAUAACAUACGACAAAUACUGUAUUAUUUAAUAAAUUUCUCUUCAUUUCUGUAACCAAACAUUAAACAUGAAUAACCAUAAAUUAACAUAUAUAUGCAUAUAACUUAACACAGUGUCAUACAGCGAACCCAACCGUCCUUGCCAAUAAACUGACCAUGCGCCUAUGUGCGACUUCCUCUCACCUCCCCCCUCGUCAUAAAAAUCCUUUACUUCCAAUGCCCGCCAUCAGCCGACCUUAUCCACGCUCGAUGGGCACGACACCCCAGGUAACCUAAGGUUAACCCUUUGAGACCUUAAAAACCUGUUCAUCUCAUUCCAUAUACUUAAACGUAACCCCUCAAACUCAAUUGGCAAGGACAUACCCCCGGCUAGCUGUGACUAAAUAUACCAAUAGGGCGGGCGGGAGGGAAGCUGUUUGCUGGGUGGAAUCCCAAGUGGCACUGAGGUAAGACCUCCCCCACACAUUCUUACCCAGAACAUAAUCCCACCCACACAUUCUUUCCCAACCAAUCCCAUGCAUCUAUCCCCACACUCCUACAUGUGCCCUUGUCCACUUAGCGGCGCUAUCUCCCCAGGGCCUAUACAGCAGCAAAUUCAGAAUGGGAAAGUAAUAACUUUAGAACUAUAAGGAGUAAUUUCCAAAACUAGACUUUAUUUUUUUUACCUGACAGCCCUAACACAAAACUGGAGUUCCUAUUUCGAUACAUUAUUACUCUUUGCGCUGUCUGUCGGUGUUACGCAGAUAUUAUUACUUGGCAUUUACAGUUCCUCACUCAGUGACCAGAUUAAUUAACCAGACUGGCUUUCAAUGCACCUACGUACCAUCACCCCCCAAACCUACCUCUCUUCUACCUACCCUGUCAGUACUCCCGUCAUUAGACAGUAACUCCUGUCCUGUAGGGGGCGCCUGCUCUGGAUGUUAAAAUCCUUCUACCUACCUCCUGUGUCUGCAGGACUCUGGGAUCGCUGCAUUCAAUCUGGUUUGUGCAUGGCCCCGCCCCUAAUACAUAACAGUUAUCUGUGCAUGGCCCCACCCUCUGAGAUGGAACACAGUGAUCUGUGCAUGGCCCCACCCCCCUAGACUGAACGCCGCAAUCUGUGCAUGGCCCCACCUUCUCAGACUGAAUGACACAAUCUAUGCAUGGCUCCGCCCCCUCAGACUGAACACAGUGAUCUGUGCCUGGCCCCGCCCCCUCAGACUGAACACAGUGAUCUGUGCAUGGCUCCGCCCCUUCAGACUGAACACAGUGAUCUGUGCCUGGCCCCACCCCCUCAGACUGAACACAGUGAUCUGUACCUGGCCCCACCCCUCAGACUGAACACAGUGAUCUGUGUGCAUGGCCCCUCCCAGACUGAACACAGUGAUCUGUGCCUGGCCCCACCCCUUCAGACUGAACACAGUGAUCUGUACCUGGCCCCACCCCCUCAGACUGAACACAGUGAUCUGUGCAUGGCCCCGCCCCCUCAGACUGAACACAGUGAUCUGUGCCUGGCCCCACCCCCUCAGACUAAACAUAGUGAUCUGUUGGAGGGAGAGGGACAACUCAGAAAUCAAAGUUACACACACUGUUGUCACGGUUACCAUUACCCACAUACUGCGGUCUCCACUGUCCACACACAAUGCAACUAGUCAGCCAAAAUGUAAACAAAAUAGAAAAUGAGGAGAAAGGGAAUUGGAUCACCAGUCAGAUAAUAAACCCCUAUUACUUAUAUAUUGACUGCUUAGUCUAUUAUCGUUUACGGAUCUAUUAAAAUAGUGUAUAAAGAGGAAAAUAGAACAAUCCCUGAGAAAAUCUUAUUGAGAUAGAUGGGAGACACGUUCUAUUUCAGUAAAUUCCAUGAGUUGUCACAAUUAAUAAACUAAGCACUCAGUGUGAAUAGGGCUAUAUUAUCUAAGUAGUGAUCCCAUGCCUUACCAUUUUCAUUUUUGUUUAAUUUCUGGCUGAUUAUUAAAGGGAAACAGUGAGAAUUUGUGAUGUAAAUCUGGGUCUGCUCCAGUAUGUCCUGUUACCUAAAACAAUCUUCCCGACAGUCUCCAACACUGGAUUCAGAUGUCACUCUUUUACUAUUAAUAAUUCGGAACUUUCCCUAAGUAUCGAUUCUAGACGCCUUGUGGUUACCGCAAACAUUUAUCUGUGAGCAGAACACGCCAUGAUCCUUCAUUAGCCCAAUGCUCACACUCACCCACUUCUCACGAACUCCAAGGUUCGCUCCUAUGCCCCUUAUCUCGAUUACGAAGCCCUCUUCCAGUUGCCAUUCCUUACACUUAGUGCUCUCCUACCCAUAAUGCAGCUGCCGUUACUCCUAACCUUUUCUGCAGCUCCACUUUGUAAAGUACUUCAGGGACUUUAUUUUAUCUAAGAUCAUAUUUAGGGAGGCAUGUAUUAAUAACGUGCAAAAAAAAGGAUAUUAAAAAUAUAAUAAUUAUUAUUUUACUGUCAGCUAAAUUAUUAAAUCAAAACUAAAUCAGAACAAUUUUAGCACUCUGACUGACCACCACACAUAUAUAGAAACAUUUUGUGCCAAAACAUUUUUUUUAUCACACACAUUUCUAAUAAAGGAACACUAUAAGGUCAGGAACACACAUGUAAUCCUGAUCCUAUAGUGUUAAAACCACCAUUUAGCCUCCCUGGAUCCCACUAAAUAUAGAAAAUCUUACCUUUAUUCAAGUCUGCUGCUGCUGACUCUGCCCUUGAUCUGCCUGCUUGGCUGACAUAAUCAGAAAUGAUUCUCUAAGCCAGUCACGAUGCUUUCCCAUAGGAAAGCAUUGGAUUGGCUGAGACUGUCAAAGGCACAAGGCAAACACAGCCCUGGUCAACCAGUAUCCCCUCAUAGAGAUGCAUUGAAUCAAUGCAUUUCUAUGAGGAACACUGCAGCACUGCCCCAAGAAGUGCCUCUAGUAGCCAUCUGAGGAGCGGCCAGAGGAGAUAUCACUAAGCUGUAAUGGAAACACUGCAUUUUUUCUGAACCUAAAGGUAAUGAAUAUGCUAGCCAGAACAAAGCUGUAGUGGUUCUGGUGACUAUAGUGUCCCUUUAAGGAUUUAAAUGAUUGGUGCCUGGAGUACCUUGGCCCCAUCCUGUCAAAUUGUCUGCUCUUUUGGGGUACCUGUAGUCUGCCUGGUCUGUACGGAAAUGCUAAAGUAGAAAUUCAUGUUGGCAUUUGUUAUAUCAAUUUUGUGCAACUCUGGACAUUGUGCAUUGAUUAAGAAGAACAGCUGGCUUGAUUAACUGGUCUAAAAUGUACCAUCAUUUACACGGAGCACUCCAAAACAGAUAUAAAUCAGCUCCAUAUUGAAACUUUGUCAGCGCAUCAAUAUGGUUAUAAUGGAUGUUGUUUUAGACUCUACUCCCAUCACAAUGUUAGGUGAAUGAAUAACUAAAGAUGAAUCCCAGGCCCUCCAGAGCAGGAUAUACAGGUGGUCAUUUUGAGUCACCCAACCACAUGUUCCAGUAUUUCUUUUCAAAGGUUUCUAAUAUGUGUCAUCUCCUCCUUCUCCAUGAUACCAGGAGACACCUGUGACUUUCCCGUCCUCUUACCACCUGUUAUCAUUCGUCCCUUGAUCAAUGUCCAGCCAGCAGCCUGUGGGAUAUAGCGGGGGGCGUCAUAGUUCUCUCCGCAAGUUAGGUGUGUGUAUUCCUUAAUAUAACGUAACAGUGUGCAGCCCAGGUCAGAUCUCUCCGAAUCGAAGCAUGGCAAAGUAUUUCAGCAGGCAUUUAUAGCAAACAGCAAAUGGACCCAUAAACCGCUUUAAAUAAAGCAGAAGAAAAAGGUCCGUAUGUAGCACGUUUAGAUUUGGGAGGUCGUAAACAGUCAGCUGUCCUAUGUAACAGGAGCGGGUAAGUCUCGUCCCAUCCAGAGGACUCUGACUGACAGUUCCAUGUGUAAUCGCAAGGAAUGAACCUCAAUUUACCUAUUGAAUCCUGUGAAUGUGCAUUGAAAACCUCAUACCGAAUGUAUUCAUGGAUGCCACGCAAGUAAUAUAAGCCCUGGGGGCAUUACACGUGUGUAAGUUGUGAAAGCGAUGGUGGGGAGAUGUCCAUCACUGCCGAGCCUUAACUCACCCAUGUUUAUAAAUAUACAUUUAUUGGGUGCACAAAAAUAUUUCCCAUUCUCUAAAAUCACGAAGGAGAGCCAAACAGACUUCAUGGGCGAUAAAUCACGCUGCCCUUUAAAUACAGCAGUCUUUGUUGUUCUGCUGCAAAGCUACUGUGCAAAUAUUAGCAGAGGUUUAUAGAUACAUGGAACAUACUCCCAGCCAAGGUGGCAGACAUGGAAAGAAAAUCUAAUUAAGAGAGCUGAGCUAGUUUUUGUACUUUCAAUAUCUAAUGAUUUUAUGGCCUAACAAAAUGGUGUAAAAAGCAUUCACUAAAGGUGGAUUGCAGCCUUUUUGGCUUAGCUUUUGAAAUGGACUUAAAUUUCUGUGAUUAGUGAAUUAAACAGACACUAUAGGCACCUGCUUAAUGCAAUGUUUCUGAGCCAGAUUGUCCCUGCAGUGUCAGCAGUGUAAAUGCAGCCUUUUAUGAGAAAAGGCAGAGUUUACAUUGCUACCUAACUCCACCUCUAAUGGUUACAAUCAGACUGCCACGAGAGGGAACUCUUGUGUUCAAUUCUGCAAAGUUUGCAGGACCAACAAUAGCAUCUCGAUGCUGAACGCUCCCCAUAGAGAUGCACUGACUCAUGGGGACGCAUUGGAUUGUCUGAUAUUGUCAUCAUUGGGAGGACCUCAUAAUUCAAUUAGAUAGGCUUUGCAUCUGUGGGCAUCUCGGGCAGCCCAGCAAGAGCGCGUCGUUCGGCUCAGUCAUGCUGUCUGUCAGCCUGGCAUGCUCGACGCCAGGUUGACUUGCCACUUUAGUGGGCCUGACCAUUGUGGGUGUUACUAGUGACGUAGAUUGUGGCCUGUCCAACUGUGGCUCUAAUUCAUAAGUCCUAAUGUUGGCAGAAUCCUUUUUUAGCUGGUGCCAGUAUGUUGUAUGAUAUACUUCAAACAGUGUUCCAACCUGGGUUUUGUGCCUUCUUUUGGAUCAACAGCAAAAAACAGAUGUGAGAAAAGCUGAACUUGAUGGACGCAUGUCUCUUUCCAGCUAUGUAACUAUACUGACACCCUCUGCCAGUUACUGUGCAGCCUGACAAGGGCAGGGGUCAGAACGGAUCAGACGUAGAAGAAUAAGGGGACUCACACUCCUCCAGAAUCAUUUAGGCUCACUGUGUCAAUGUAUACGUCUGUGUGUGUGUGAUCGUGUGUCUAUGUAUGUGAUUAUUUGACUUUAUGCAUUGCUAGGUGAAUACCAUAGAGUUGUACAUGUAGGAGUCUGGAGCAGCCGAGACAUAUAUGAGAAGGUAGCACAUGGCCUUGAGUUUCCUACAGAAUACAAAAAUACGUAAAUAUAUCAAAGCCUACAUUGUAUUAUUACUGUAGAUAGAAGUGUCUGAACAGCCAAAUGCUUGGAAUUUAGGGAAAACACACACACACACACACACAUCUCCCAGUGUGAUGGUUGCUCGUUAGAAUAGGAAGACCGGGAUGGAAUGUGUCAGACUGAGACAGAUUGACAAAAUACCAGCUGGUGAUACAAGUAACAGCAAAGAAUGCGAGGAUCAGAGGUGCGUGAAACAAAAUACUUUGUUAACAGACAUUAUCCAUUAAGAUCAGCAAAACAUCUCCGAAAUCACACGGUCAACUGAACCCAAUCAGGGACAAACUAGAAAAAAGGGUAAAUUAACUAAGAACAGUAGUAAAUACGUGUGGAAACCAGGAUGCAAAAGGAGAGCGAACAUUUAUGUUAAAAAAAUAACUUUAGCUUGCUAAUUGCUCUGUGUGUGAAUAGUGUGGUCUCUUUUUAUUUUACAAAAAGUGAAGAUUUUUAUAGAAAUGGACACCUUUAUAAAUUAACUGUUACACCACCCCUGGCUGUCAAUCAGACAACCGGUUCUGUUACUUCCUGGUUUGUUUAGCUCACUGGAGAUAAACUCAAGAGGCAGCAUUUGCCCAGAGCACCUGCCUUACUUCUCAUUAAGCUGCAUGUGGACGUCUGUUAUUGGACAGCCACAGGAAGUCUGGGCGGGGUUAGAAGGGAAGGGUCUGCAAAGGCAGCAGACAAGAGACCUGCUGCAUUUGCAAGCUGUUUGCAGAUUUUCCCCCGAUUAAAUAAAUGCAUAAUUAAAUGCACGGAUGUUUUCAUUGCGAGUAUAUCUACUUAAUAGUAAUUUGUUUUAAAAUGUUUUUUUUUUAAAUUUUAUUUAAUAAUUAGCAUUCCUCUUAAUUCCCUUACCAUAAUCCCUCGGACUCGAUUACAGAGUACAACAGAUAGAAAGGAUUAAAAGGAUGGUUUACCAGUGUGACUAACUUGGAUAAUAUUACGCCAGCUGCAUGUUGAUUAACUGUUUAGUGAAUAAAUCCUUUAGACGAUUAAUUUAUAGACGUGUGCCAGGCACCAUAAAUACACUUACCAUUGCGAAGCCCCUUAACAGCCUAGACCCAACAUUUCACUAUCAUUUAUUAAACCAUUAAAGGGACACUCUACUGCCCAAACGGGCAAAAAAACUAGAACAUUUUAAUCACUGUUUAGUAGAUACACCCCAAAUGAAUACAUGCAUGCAUUCUCAUACAUGUACUCAUUGGGGUAUAUCUUAAAACAGUGUGCAAAGCAUGUGCGCACACACACAGCAUUCUGAUCUGAGGCUGCUGGACUUUAGUCUGAUCUGAGGUAACACUAAAGUCUUCCUUUAACCCCUUAAGGACACAUCACAGAAAUAUUCUGUCAUAAUUCCCUUUUAUUUCUGAAGUUGUGUCUUUAAGGGGUUAAAGAUUUAGCAAAUGGCAUCGCAACCCAGUUCUGUCCAGGCAUAGAUGAGGUACACUUUGCACUGGAGGAGCAGAAACAAACAUCUCCGUGACAGGUGCAAAAGACAGAGCUUAUAACAAAGAUUGACAGGGAGCAAAGACGGAGGCGCUUCGUUCAGGCACAGAGCUAAAUACAACAGUGUGGACUUUUAAAUCACCCGAAAAAAUGUUUUGGUUCAGUUGGACUGAAUUUCAUCUAAUGUACGUUUUGGUACUGACAAAAUUUCACCCAUGCAAUGAUUUUGAUAAAAAUGAUUCACACAAACCAAAUUGGUGUGAAAAUAUGCGGCUGCAACUGGAGAAAGGAGUUGUAGUGUGGGGGGGAAAUAGGCUGCAAUUGAGGGCAAGGGGCUGUAGAGAGGAGGAUAAGGGACUGUAGUAGGGGUAUGUGGUGUAAAAGGGGGCUUAGGGGUCUGUAGUAGGGGAUAGGGACUGGAGUAGGGGAUAAGGGCUGCAAGAAGGGUGGAAUAGGGGCUGUAGUUGGGGUGUUUGGGGUUGAAAUUUGGAGGAUAGGGACUAUAAUGUGGGAUAGGGCUGCAGUGAAGGUAAAGGACUGUAGUAGGGGUGUUGGAGACUGUAGUAGGGAGAGGGCAAAUGCUGCCUCGAGUUUAUCUCCAGUGAACUUAACAAACCAGGAAGUAACAGGACCGGUUGUCUGACAGCCAGGGUCGUGUAACUGUUCAUUUAUAAAGGUGUCCAUUUCUAUAAAAAUCUGCACUUUUUGUAAAAUGGCUGAUUAUAAGAGCUGUAGUAGGGAGUAUAGUGCCAGUAGUAGGAAGUAAGGGGAUGUAGUAGGGGGUAUAGUGCCAGUAGUAGGGAGUUAGGGGCUGUAGUAGGGGGUAUAGUGCCAGUAGUAGGAAGUAAGGGGAUGUAGUAGGGGGUAUAGUGCCAGUAGUAGGAAGUAAGGGGAUGUAGUAUGGGGUAUAGUGCCAGUAGUAGGAAGUAAGGGGAUGUAGUAGGGGGUAUAGUGCCAGUAGUAGGGAGUUAGGGGCUGUAGUAUGGGGUAUAGUGCCAGUAGUAGGGAGUUAGGGGCUGUAGUAGGGUGUAUAGUGCCAGUAGUAGGAAGUAAGGGGAUGUAGUAGGGGGUAUAGUGCCAGUAGUAGGAAGUUAGGGGAUGUAGUAGGGGGUAUAGUGCCAGUAGUAGGAGUUAGGGGCUGUAGUAUGGGGUAUAGUGCCAGUAGUAGGGGGUAGUAGGAGUGCCAGUAGGGUAGGGAGUUAGGGGCUGUAGUGCCAGGUAGGGUUAGGGCUAGUAGCCAGUAGUAGGGAGUUAGGGGCUGUAGUAGGGGGUAUAGUGCCAGUAGUAGGAAGUGAGGGGCUGUAGUAGGGGGUAUAGUGCCAGUAGUAGGAAGUUAGGGGAUGUAGUAGGUGGUAUAGUGCCAGUAGUAGGGAGUUAGGGGCUGUAGUAGGGGGUAUAGUGCCAGUAGUAGGGAGUUAGGGGCUGUAGUAGGGGGUAUAGUGCCAGUAGUAGGGAGUUAGGGGCUGUAGUAGGGGUUAUAGUUCCAGUAGUAGGGAGUUAGGGGCUGUAGUAGGGAGUAUAGUGCCAAUAGUAGGAAGUUAGGGGCUGUAGUAGGGGGUAUAGUGCCAGUAGUAGGGAGUUAGGGGCUGUAGUAGGGAGUAUAGUGCCAGUAGUAGGAGCUAGGGCUGCAGAGGGGGCAGUGCCGCAGUAGGGAGUUAGGGCUGCAGCAAGCAGCCAGUAGGAGUUAGGGGCUGUAGUAGGGGGCAAGCUGUAGUAGGAAGUGAGGGCUGCAGUAGGGUAUAGCGCCAGUAGUAGGAAGUUGUAAUGCAGGUGGUAUAGUGCCAGCAGUAGGAGUUAGGGCUGCAUGGGGCAGAAAACAGCAGUGAGUUAGGGCUGCAGUGUAAGCAGAAAGCUGGUAGUAGGGAAGUAAGGGAUGUAGUAGGGGGUAUAGUGCCAGUAGUAGAAGUUAGGGGAUGUGUAGGGGUAUAGUGCCAGUAGUAGGAGUUAGGGGAUGUAGUAGGGGGUAUAGUGCCAGUAGUAGGAAGUUAGGGGAUGUAGUAGGGGGUAUAGUGCCAGUAGUAGGGAGUUAGGGGCUGUAGUAGGGGGUGCCAGUAGUAGCCAGUAGUAGGGAGUUAGGGGCUGUAGUAGGGGGUAUAGUGCCAGUAGUAGGGAGUUAGGGGCUGUAGUAGGGGGUAUAGUGCCAGUAGUAGGAAGUGAGGGGCUGUAGUAGGGGGUAUAGUGCCAGUAGUAGGAAGUUAGGGGAUGUAGUAGGGGGUAUAGUGCCAGUAGUAGGGAGUUAGGGGCUGUAGUAUGGGGUAUAGUGCCAGUAGUAGGGAGUUAGGGGCUGUAGUAGGGGGUAUAGUGCCAGAAGUAGGGGGUAUAGUGCCAGUAGUAGGCAGUUAGGGGCUGUAGUAUGGGGUAUAGUGCCAGUAGUAGGAAGUUAGGGGCUGUAGUAGGGAGUAUAGUGCCAGUAGUAGGAAGUGAGGGGCUGUAGUAGGAAGUGAGGGGCUGUAGUAGGGAGUAUCGUGCCAAUAGUAGGAAGUUAGGGGCUGUAGUAGGGGGUAUAGUGCCAGUAGUAGGAAGUUAGGGGCUGCAGUAGGGAGUAUCGUACCAGUAGUAGGAAGUUAGGGGCUGCAGUAGGGAGUAUAGUACCAGUAGUAGGAAGUUAGGGGCUGCAGUAGGGGGUAUAGGGGCUAAACUGGGGAGUAAGGGGCUGCAGUACAAUGUAGGGGAUGCAAUUGGGGGAUGGGACUAUAGUGGGAGAGGACUGUAGUGGGGCAAAGGGGCUUCAAUAGGGUGGCUGGGGCUGUAGUUGACAAAAGGGGCUCUGCUUGCUCCCUCAGUCACUCUGCAGUCUCAGCCAGGUAGGUAAGAUGUCACACCUUAGGUGUAGCCAACCUGCCCCCUCCACUCGCACCAUAGACCCUCUGCAAUCUCCAGGCAGAGUAAGGUCUGCUUUGCUCACUUAUACCUCUUUCCAUCCAUGUCUCUUCUACUCCCAUUCCAUCCAUAUCUCUGUUCCUCAUCCAUCCAUGUCUCUCCGUUUCCAUCCCCCAUCCCCCCCUGCCUCCCCACCCUUCAUCCCUGCCUCUCCCCAUGUCUCCCUCCAAUCUAUGUAUCCCACCCCUUCCAUUCCCCCUUUCCCCCCUUCAUCCAUGUAUCCCUCCCCUUCCACACCCCCCCCCCACCCCCCUCAUCCAUGUAUCCCUCCAAGAGAGGGAGGUGGCUCCUUAAUGUGCAGCAUAUGGUUAGACUUUACGUCUGGUAGUCACAUGACACCUGACGCUGCUCAGCAGAGCGUGAAAGGGGAUGUCUGCCAUAUGAUGAUCUGGAGUUGUGGAAUUCGAAGGAAUGGCAGAUCUUCCAACAUUUUCAACAGGUCACAACUCAGUUGAAACCAAGUGCACAGGUCUGACACGGUUAUUCACUAUAGUGGGAUUUCUAAAUUAAUUAAGUAAAUUUCAAACUUAAGGCCAGAGUAGCAGAACUGAAAGCAUGGCUAACAGAAUUGUUCCCUUUCCGCUACCUUGACCUUAAAAUCUGAAACACAGUUUAGUAAAUAAUCCUGUGCGUAUAUACAGUGUGCUGCAAACGAGAAAUUAACCUAAGGGAGACUAUAGUCACCAAAACAACUUUAGCUUAAUGAAACAGUUUUAGUGUAUAGAUCAUGCCCCUGCAGUCUUACUGGCCAAUCCCCGGCCAUUUAGGAGUUAAAUCCCUUUGUUUAUGAACCCUAGUCACACCUCCCUGCAUGUGACUUACACAGCCUUCCUAAACACUUCCUGUAAAGAGUCAUCUAAUGUUUACACUUCCUUUAUUGCAAAUUAUGAUUUCUUUAAAAUUUCUUAUAUCCUGCUCUGUUAAUACCUUUCUAGACCCUGCAGGAGCCUCCUGUAUGUAAUUAAAGUUCAAAUUACAGAGCAAGAGAUAAAAACUUCUAAAGUAAUUUACAUCUGAUUGAAAAUUAAACCUUUUUUGUUUUUUUCGUGCAGGCUGUGUGAUUCAGACAAAAGGACGUGAUGCUAGGGCUGCAUGGACAGAAACAAAAGUGCUCUAACACCUAAAUGACAGAUAAACUGUUUCAUUAAGCUAAAGUUGUUUUGGUGACUAUAGUGGCCGUUUAACUAAUCAUGGCAGCUCUAUAGUGACCGUCCCUAUCAUCUUUCUUGUGGCUAUAAUUCGGUUUCACAUCUGCAUGUCGAAGUGUGCUCAGGAAUGCACGGUGCAUGUGAUAAAACUACAAAACACAAGUUUAUUUUUUGUACAGCUUUAAAAUAAAUGGUAAUAUUUCAGCGUGAAUGCAUUGUACCUGGUACAAAGCCAUGCUAGCCCCCCUCGCCCCCACACACCACCCGCCACCCUUUCUACAACAAAAACACAACACACGCCAACCUCAAAGCUCCAUCGCACAGAAAUAAAAUAAGUCAUAUUUAAUGCCACCAACCAGGACAGGGAAAAUUAAGAUAAACACAUUAGCAGAAAAUUUAGUUCAGGAGUCUGGCAAAACAAAUGGAGUUGAUGUGAUGCAAAGAGACAUCUUCCCCCUCGCCCCCAGCAUGCAAAUCGCAUGACGGCCCCUGAAACCUGCAAGGCCCCACGUGAGACAGCUGCCACCAGCAGAUCACAUUCCUGGCCAAUGUCAGCCUCUGCACAGGAGCUACUUUUAGAAAUCAUGUCUAAGACGAUCCAAGCGCAAUAAACAGGGAAGGCAACGGGCAGCCGCACAACGUUAAGGAACAGUUGGAAAAUCACAGAGGAACUCAAUGACUAAACAGUGAGAUGACAGCCAACAUGGGUAGUUUAUGACAAAAUAGCCAAAAUAUGAAGGCAGUUCUUUUAGUGAAAAUGUGUUUUAAAUCCCCGGGUAGAUUGUGGCACCAAAUCAUUGGAGACAGAUAGAAUGGCCAUUUCUACCAAUUCUCUAAUAAGAAGAAUUCCUACGGAAUAAAUCAGAUCAGUACAAUAUUACAAACUAGCCCCAAGUCAUGGUGUUAUGGGUGUGUGGCUUAGUCAAAGUCCUAGAGACAAUUAAUGAGACCAACAAUAUUAAGGACCACUCGUUUUACCUUAAUACAGAACAACGGCAUCGUUAUAACAAUCUGGUGCUGGAUCGUAAUGAUGCAGAAUUUAAUUUAGCACGUCCUACUCCUUCAGUCAGGUGAUAUACAAUGGAAUGUCCUAUUCAUUUAGCACUAGCCAGACUCUAUGGAAUGGGAUGUCCUAUUCAUUAAGCACUAGCCAGACUCUAUGGAAUGGGAUGUCCUAUUCAUUCAGGACUAGCCAGACUCUAUAGAAUGGGAGGUCCUAUUCAUUCAGCAUUAGCCAGACUCUAUAGAAUGGGAUGUCCUAUUCAUUCAGCAUUAGCCAGACUCUAUAGAAUGGGAUGUCCUAUUCAUUCAGCACUAGCCAGACUCUAUAGAAUGGGAUGUCCUAUUCAUUUAGCACUAGCCAGACUCUAUAGAAUGGGAUGUCCUAUUCAUUUAGCACUAGCCAGACUCUAUAGAAUGGGAUGUCCUAUUCAUUUAGCAUUAGCCAGACUCUAUAGAAUGGGAUGUCCCAUUCAUUCAGCACUAGCCAGCCUCUAUAGAAUGGGAUGUCCUAUUCAUUCAGCAUUAGCCAGACUCUAUAGAAUGGGAUGUCCUAUUCAUUUAGCAUUAGCCAGACUCUAUAGAAUGGGAUGUCCUUUUCAUUCAGCACUAGCCAGACUCUAUAGAAUGGGAUGUCCUAUUCAUUCAGGACUAGCCAGACUCUAUAGAAUGGGAGGUCCUUUUCAUUCAGCAUUAGCCAGACUCUAUAGAAUGGAAUGUCCUAUUCAUUCAGCACUAGCCAGACUCUAUAGAAUGGGAGGUCCUUUUCAUUCAGCAUUAGCCAGACUCUAUAGAAUGGGAUGUCCCAUUCAUUCAGCACUAGCCAGACUCUAUAGAAUGGAAUGUCCUAUUCAUUCAGCAUUAGCCAGACUCUAUAGAAUGGGAUGUCCUAUUCAUUCAGCAUUAGCCAGACUCUAUAGAAUGGAAUGUCCUAUUCAUUCAGCAUUAGCCAGACUCUAUAGAAUGGGAUGUCCUAUUCAUUUAGCACUAGCCAGACUCUAUAGAAUGGGAUGUCCUAUUCAUUUAGCAUUAGCCAGACUCUAUAGAAUGGGAUGUCCCAUUCAUUCAGCACUAGCCAGCCUCUAUAGAAUGGAAUGUCCUAUUCAUUCAGCAUUAGCCAGACUCUAUAGAAUGGGAUGUCCUAUUCAUUUAGCACUAGCCAGACUCUAUAGAAUGGGAUGUCCUAUUCAUUUAGCAUUAGCCAGACUCUAUAGAAUGGGAUGUCCCAUUCAUUCAGCACUAGCCAGCCUCUAUAGAAUGGAAUGUCCUAUUGAUUCAGCACUAGCCAGACUCUAUAGAAUGGGAUGUCCUAUUCAUUCAGCACUAGCCAGACUCUAUAGAAUGGGAGGUCCUAUUAAUUUAGCAUUAGCCAGACUCUAUAGAAUGGGAGGUCCUAUUCAUUUAGCAUUAGCCAGACUCUAUAGAAUGGAAUGUCCUAUUGAUUCAGCACUAGCCAGACACUAUAGAAUGGGAAGCCAGUAACAGAAUUGGAUACUUGGGGGGUGUUUGGGGUUACAUUUCAUGAAUGUGCUGUACAAAAAACUGCUGACCGAAGCAGGAGUAAAGAACUUAGCUUUUAACCCCUGCAGAUGUGGAAGGGCCUAACUAGGGUGAAGGUUUUAACCCUUUAUUUACUUUUAUCUGUGACAAUUCCCCUCUUCUGGUGCCACAGGUGAUGGUUCUAGGCAAGGUAUAUCCAGGUAUAGUAGUUAUACCUGUGGGACUUUAAUUAUAUCUUCACCUCGGUUCCCUUGCCAUCUCACACCAAAAGAGCCAUCAAGGAAGACUUGUCCAGAUAUCUGUGGGUUACGGGAUAAUUAUAUAUAUAUAUAUAUAUAUAUAUAUAUAUAUAUAUAUAUAUAUAUAUAUAUAUAUAUAUAUGUAUGUUUAGGGGAAUAUGUAUUCAUGGCUUAGGUAAAACAACUCAUUUUCCAUCACAUGCCUACUGAUCAGCUCAGGUAUCAACCAGCAGACACGUAGUCCCUGCCAUUGUGCCUAAACGCUUUAUUUUCUCUUUCUUCUCAGAUCACAGCUGCACUUACUUCAAACAUUUCACCUCAGGGGAGAAUGCUGAAAUCUUUGAGGUGACUACUCAGAAAGGUAGAGUAUAUACACUGAUUGUUUUGAUUUUUUUUUUUUUAUGACCUCGACAUUUGCUGCUUGUUUGAAUAUUUAACAGAGCUUUAUUGCAAUAAAUGUCACAGAAAAUUGUCUAAAUGAACUUUCCAAGCACCAAAACCACUACAGGCAACUGGUCUGGUUACCCUGUCAGGAGUAAUUUGUUAAACCGUUGUAUAAGCCUUUAGAUUGUAAGCUCAUGGGCAGGGCCCUCUACCUUAUGCAAUGGUCUGUCUUUUUCCCCCACUUGUACAGUGCUGCAGAAUAUGUUGGUGCUUUAUAAAUGCCAGUUAUAAAUGUAAAUAAAUAAAUAACAGUUUGACAACUUACCUGGGUCUCAAAGUGUGCCAGCAUCUGGCCUUCUUCUAUAAGAGUAGCUUGGCAUCUUCACUGAACUAAGUAGAGGACCUCACUCAUUGGUUAACAAACAACAGAUGACACGCUCAGCCAAUGAGAGCUGCCGUGCCUGCUUAGUAUAUACAUUAAUUCAUUGUAUUCGUCUUUUAACAAUUUGAUCAAUUUAACUACCAAUCAAUCCGUUAGGGAAACCUAAUUUCAAGUGUUAAAACAAAAAUCGAUACGUUGAAAAAAAAAAAAAAAAAUUACAUUUAUUAAAAUGAAUCUAAAUGGUUUCCGGGAAGAUGAAUUUGUGUAAAACCAUCUGAUUUGUUUAAAGAUGAGUGCAACAAAUACACGUCUACUGCUUAGCCAUGUAGAGCUGACCGGAUCUUCCUGGAAACAGGGGGUGAGGGUACAGGUGCUCAGCUGGACCCAGGUAAGUUGUCAAACAGCUCUAAACAGUCUGACAAAUUAGUUUUCAAUGGCACCAGGAAACUCCAGGCACCGGCAUAACUGUAGUGGGCUGUUGUGGUUAUGAUGCUUGGAAUGUUCGAUAAACUUAAUUUAAAAAAUGAAUAAAUAGAGAAAAUUAAGGGGGAAAAGGGGAGGCAUAUUCUGUUUAAAUUAUACAAAUCCUCAAUUUCUCUUACAUUUGUCCUGAGUGCGGUUAUGAAUCCGUGUCACAGUCAAUCCAGCAAACGAUAUAUGUAAAUGAAGAAAGGCUGGUUGCCUUUGCAAGGUUAUUAUAACAGUGUAAAACAACGACAUUAUAAUGCAGAUUGCAUAAUGAUAACACUGUUGGUGUACAGACGUACAGCGAUUGCUAUGUGUGCUGUCAACUGAACGAGAGGUGUGCGAUGCAUGAAAGGUUGUGCCCAGAAGAUCUGCGAGGACUAUGCUUUUUUUGAUUGUCUUUUUUGAAGCAGAAGUGAAACUUUGUUUAUACAGCCCAUGUAAGCAACCCUUCACUUUAUGUAAUUUUGAGUGUUUCAUUUAUAUAUCUACCUAUAUAUCUGCAAUGUGUCAGGAAUGCUGGUGAUGUGUAAUAACGCUUUAAAAGCGAUGGAAUUUAUAUGUCCCCAAUCAUCGUUGAAUUCCUAGUUACUGGUUUGUGUUAAUGAUAGAAGCCGAUUAUCAGCUCGGAUAUUUUUGUAUAUUGGACAAUGGGGUUAAUUUAAGCUUGGUAUUAACAUACGGGAAGACUGUCAGUGCUUAUUGACUAACGUCAUAAUGGAAUCAGGUCAUUUGUACCAUUUUCAUGGUAUUCAUUUUUAUUUGAUUUCAUGAUUUUGUUGAUUAUUUAAUUUUUCUUUGUGUGUUUACAUUUUCUCUCCACGUAGAAAUAGAAUUUAGUUGAUAUGCCCUCUCUUUUCCCGGCUGUGGUUUAGUGUGUGAUUGUAAUCUCACAUUAACAAUAAAAAGACAGAAUAUUGAAACAGGAGUGUGACCUUGAUAAUGAAUUUUUAUACACAAAACGCGUUGGUUGCUGACUAUUAGCCGCAAUAGCGAGAUAGCUGGUCGCUGUAUGCCGUCCGUGUGUAUUAUACAAACAUUUCUUUUGAAUAAAAGUUUGUUUUAACAUGAAAUGAGCGAGCAGUGCUUAAUCACCAUGGCAACCAGUAUUUCUUAAUUUACAGGUUCUGUAAAACUACAAUAAAUGCAUUUGGAAAUCAGCCUGUGUAAAUAAAACCACUUUUGGUUCUGUUCUAAAUGACUUUUUCAGUUACAUAAAUGGUUAUUAGCGCCCCAUAAACGCCUGGCCCUAUUCUGGAAAGACCCUUCAAUAUGCGACCCCCCCUCAAGGCCUACCUCCCAAUGUUGGGACAUGGUAUGGUAAUUUACGUAAAUACACGCAGAAUAUGAAGUUAAAGCAGUGAAGCCCAAAUUGUGAAUUGAGAACCAAAACAAAAUUUAAGCACAAGUAUCUAAUUUGGAAAGUUCAAGACCUUCCAUGGUCCAUGCGUUGUUUUAUGGUGGCCCCCAGGAAGAAGCAGAAGGUUUGAAAUCCUGGGAUGUGAUUGGAUGUCCAGUUCGCUAAUGCCUUUUCCCCCUCCUAUUCCCCAUUGACAGAAUACAGCAUCUCUGCAGCGGCGAUCGCCAUCAUCGGAGUUGGUUUCAUGGCUAUGGGUAUGGUGUGUACUCUCCUGUCCUUUAAACAGAAGCUGGAUUACCUGUUAAAACCAGCUGGACUUUUCUUCGUCUUUUCAGGUUAGUGUGUUUGCAAAAAUUACAUGUGAAUAUCAGGACAAGGGACACAUUUAUUUUCUUCUCCUGCGAAGACAGAAUUGUACAGCAGACAGGAGAAGGCCAUUAAUUUAACCGUAUCUGUGGGUUGUCUUAUCACCAACUACAAUAUGAACUGCAGCCAAUCGGAAUACAACACAGACCUCAAAAUAUCUCCCGGUCAGUUCUUAUUUUCCCAGAUAUCCCAGCCUCAGCAGCACUAGUUCAGAUAAAAGUCAUAUAUAUUACAGUGUUACUUUUUGUAAAACUAAGAAUAUAUAAAAGGUGUGCUGUGUCUUUAAGAUAUUCAACUAUUUUAUAUCAGUGUAAAAUAUAAAUUAAAUAACUUCUGCAAAAUCUCAAAUAGUGUCUACUACAUUGAAAUAUCACCAUAUGUAUAUAAAGUGCCAAAUAGUGUACACUGUGAUACCCUUACUGUACACAAUAGCAAUUGAUACUGCACGGCUGUCCUUUUGGGAGUUCAAUAUUGGCGUUUCACACUUUCAUGGUGUAUACAGAGUUGCACUAUUUGUUCGUUUUUUUUUUUAUGUUUCCGGAUGUUAUAGAAGAAUUGCUAUUAUGUACAGUAAGUGUAUCACAGUGUGUACACAUUUUUGCACGUUAUUUAAUUUAUAUUUUACACCGAUAUAAAACAUUUGCAUGUCUUAAAGACAGCGCACCUUUUUAUAUAUAUUCUAAGAUCUAUAUAUACAGUUUUGCCAGUUUCCACAAAAUAGUAAAAUAAAAUGAAAACAUGAAAAUGUGAUCUUUCUUUUCCCCAGGUCUCUGUAUGAUCAUCUCGGCGGAGGUCAUUAGACAGUCCGUUCACCGCAUGAUAGACAGCAAGGACACGGUCUGGAUCGAGUAUUACUAUUCCUGGUCUUUCGCCUGCGCCUGUGCGUCCUUCGCCCUGCUCUUCAUUUGUGGAAUAGCUCUUGUUCUAAUCUCCUUGCCGAGGAUGCCGAGGAACCCCUGGGAAAGUUGCAUGGACGCCGAGCCCGAUAUGUAAAUAAAAUUAAAAUAAAAAGCACACCUACUGCGGAUAUGGCUGACGCAAGGAUAGGAGACAAGGGGUUAAAUAAUCCGUUCUAGUUGCUGAAGGAACAGGUCACGUUCCCUUACAUCAAAAAGGACAAGGAGCGCAGCUUUUUAAAGAAUUUGUUUAUAACCCAAAUUUAUAGGUAUUUAAGCUUUCCACUUCCGUUACCACGUUUCUGAUUGGUUCGGAGAGGCAGCGAGCGCAGUGAAUAGCUGGUGAGCAACAUAGCUGGGAAGCAAUGUCUUAAAAUCUUCCUCAGACCCUCCCCCCAGUACGGCAAUACCUCUCAUGUAUGUACCUAUAUACUGCCAGUGUGUAUUUAGUAGAGUCCGCUGCAAUUAACGCCAACAAUCCACCCAGAGUCUCGGUAGCAGGGAUACGCUAUGUGGCAUGCGGUCUAUUUAAAACGUUAUUUAAUUAGCUUUAAAUAGCCUGGAAUACAUGAUCCCAAGGCCUUGAGCAACAAAUGCCUAUGAUUUGUCAUCUCCUUUCAGUAGUGGCUGAAAUUUAAGUGCGUAAUACUCCUGGCUCUGAGAGAGUCUUAAAGACAUAUUCAGGAUUUAUUCUAGUUAAAUUCACUCGGUAUAUUUAAAGCCAUUAUGUUGUGUGUGUGCUAGGUUUGGGUGGAAGAGUAUUUUUAUGAUAUUGGGGGGGUGGGGGGGGUUGAUGGGAGGGUGGAGAUUUGUAACGAAAUAAAGU